AUGCAGACCCAUACUGAUGAGAAGCCGUUCAAAUGCGAUCAGUGUAGUUUAAGCUUCGGCCGAAAAGAGUACUUGCGAACACACAUGCGAACUCAUACUGGUGAGAAGCCGUUCAAAUGCGAUCACUGCAAUUCGAGUUUCGGGCAGAAAGGAAGCUUGCAAAGACACAUGCAGACUCAUACUGGUGAGAAGCCGUUCAAAUGCAAUCACUGUAAUUCGAGUUUCGGGCGGAAAGAAAACUUGCAAAGACACAUGAAGAUUCAUACUGGUGAGAAAACAAUUGUCGCGUUUGCAACAAAAAGAAGAAUGAACAAACUUCCUUAA